AAUUUACCAAAUCACUGCGUCCCCGUGCCAUCGAUUAGCUGUUACAGCUGAAUAACAGUGCAGGUAUGGCGAGGAAGAGGGUCGUCAAACAGGAGGGUUCUUCCUCGGCUAAGAGCAGAGUCCAGGGGUCUGCCAGAGACCUGAAGGGGCCCAAGCCGUCCGGAUGGUGGCUGAAGAGAGGAGUACUGGCCAUCAUUGCCGUCUUCUUUGUGGUGCCUUGCUUGCAGAAACAACUCCCUGGAUUAAUCCAGCACUUUGUUUACUCUUACAGAAGUAAGGUGCCUCUCUUUGUGGACCUCAGCCGACCUGCAGAUCUCUCCCUUAAUCACACCAUCAACACAUACUUAACAUCAGAGGAAGGAAUCUCUCUUGGGGUGUGGUGCAUUGUUCUGAACUGUUCUAGGCACACUGUUCCUGACCGACGGUGGAAAGAGGCUCAGGGGAAGGACUUGGACUGGUACCAAAACACUUUAAAGGAUGGAAGUCCUGUCUUCAUUUAUCUUCAUGGCAACACAGGUUCAAGGGCAGAAACUCACCGUGUGGGAGUGGCAAAAGUAUUGAGUGCACUGGGUUACCACGUGCUGGUGCCUGACUACAGAGGGUUUGGAGAUUCCACCGGGGAGCCGACUGAAGCCGGUCUGACGACCGAUGCCCUCUACUUAUACAACUGGGUCAAAGCACGUAGUGGAAACAGCCUGGUCAUCAUCUGGGGACACUCUCUUGGCACUGGAGUGGGCACAAACACUGCAGUAAAACUGAUUGAGCGAGGUGAGAGGUUUGAUGGAGUGAUUCUUGAGGGUGCAUUCAAUACUGCUCGAAAUCCGAUUCCAGUCCAUCCAUUUAGCUGGUACUACUGGAAGUACCCGGGCAUCGGGUACUUUUUCCAAGAGCCAUGGGCAGAAAACAAGGUGGUCUUUCCUACUGAAGAGAAUUUGAAGAAAAUGAAAAGUCCUAUCCUGUUCCUUCAUGCAGAGGACGAUCACUUAGCUCCCAUUCAGAGUGUUCGGCAGAUGUAUGAGGUAGCAGUGAGUGCCCAGAAUGCCGAGCGAGUCAAGCUGGCUUCAUUUGACGGCUCUCUGGGGUAUCUGCACAACGGCUUAUAUCGUGACCCCCAUCUGUCUGACAUCAUAAAUAACUUUGUGCUGUCCUUAUAGUGUUGGAUGAAAAGAAACCAUGCGAGACUUCAUCGUUUGCCUUUACGGGAUAGCCAAACGGUUACAGUGCAUGUCCUAUGGCUGCAAUGUAGCAUUGCUUUCAAUCCGUCUUCCGUCUAAGAAAAUUGGGGGAAAACUCCAUGUUUUCCCCAAAAUCAAUGCAAAAGUUGCUAAGGCUAAAAUGAUUGUGGGUGAUUUAUUCUGAAUUAUCAGAACAAUAAACUGUAAUUCUCUUUGGAAAUGUGAUUCAGAUGAGCCAUUGUUGCUGUAGGUUCCCUCUAAUGUGUGUUGUUGUUUGGUGAUAAUGCUCAUCCAUACAGAACAAUGAUUUUGUUAAUCCAAAGCUUAAGAUCCUUCGCCAGCAGCUGUGGAAUGUCUGAGGGUUCAAAAAAAGAGGUUUUAACCACACAGUAUACAGUACUGCAUUCUGUUUCUUGUAGGUAUCUCAAUUAAAAUGUCAUGCUUUUUAAUUUGAAAUAAAUUUGGUGACUGCCAAUAUCAGUCUA